ACUGGGGGCCCCCCAGCCCCGAUCCGGUCGUUCCCCGUUCGCGCGAAGAUCUAUUACGCACCGGCACCGAUAUCGUCGGGCCGCGUACUGUACUGCCCGAGCCGCGUCCACGACAAUCAGCAUCGCGUGAUAUUCAUUUCGCGUACUCUUUCCCAAUAAUUACUUCAUUUUUACCAUAACACAAUCAUGCAUUAUGUCCGUAUACGCUCAUAAUAAUAUUGUGAUCAUACGUAAUAUAAUAUAAAUCUAUUGAUUAUUCGUAACACAAUAUAUUAAAAUACAUCGAGAUUUUUUUUUCGUUAAUUUUGUUACCGACAAACCACCACCACCAAUCGCAGCAAAUUCGUCGGUGCUAUUUUAUUAUUAUUGUUGUUAUUGUCAAAUAACAACGAUGACGGUUUUGAUGUUGUAUAUCGUAGUAAUGCAUUGCACCGAGAUCCCAUUACAAUAAUACAUAAUAAUUGAAUCACAUCAUAUUUAAUUAUUAGAUAUACACACCAUGGUACUAGACCAACAAAUUGUUCUAAGUAAUGGUAAUAGUUGCGAAAAUGAGGUUGAUGAAGACCUUGAGGAUGGAGAGAUUUUUGAUGAAGAAGAUGAUAUUGAGAUGGCUGAAUCAACUGAACAAAAUACAGAGCCUAAAGUAUCUAAAGAAAAUCAUCUUGGAGAAGGUGCGAAAGAAAAAGAUUUUGAACCUCCAUGGGAAAUGGAACAGAGAUCUCAACAGUCAUCUCAUCAACAAAUGAUACACACUCCUUCACAUAAAAAUUUUACUGGAUUUAAUAACAGUAGACCUAGAGAUAGGUUUCCAAGAAAUAAAGGGGCCGUAAUGAAACGAGAUGUUGGUUACCAAAUGGAUGAUGAUAGACCUAGACGUAAAAGACGUAGAUUUGAUCAGAGUGAUGAAAAAGAACAACCCAUGUUGAGAAAUAAUCAAAAUGGCUUAUUUAAUAGAAGAAAAAAUAAUGAUUCACCGAUGGAACCUGUUGAGGCUGGUAAUGAUGAAGAAAUGCCAUAUGUAAGAGGAACCAACAGCCCUGACGUAUCAAACUUUGAAUCAUUUCCUCAAGAAUUUGAAAAUGAAGACGAAUUUCGCCCUUUGAAUAACUUUGGCCGUAGAGGAAGAGGAAGACGUGGGGGUGGUAACGAUAUGGAUAGGCGCAAUAGAGGUAUGCCUAUGAAACGACGAAUGAUAGCUGGUUCAGCCAUGAAAAAUAAACGAUCUGAAGAUGAAGAAAAAGUUUGUCAAUAUUUUCUUCAAGGAAAAUGUCUUAAAGAAAAUAAUUGUACUUAUUCUCACCAACAACCAAAUGGUCGCAAAAUGGAACUGUGCAAAUUUUAUUUAAUGGAUUGUUGUAGUAAAGAGGAUCGGUGUACAUUUAUGCAUAGCGAGUUUCCUUGUAAAUAUUAUCAUACUGGUAUGAAAUGUUAUUCAGGUGUAAAUUGUCGAUUUAGCCAUGCCAAACUUGAUGAAGAUCAAAAAAAAAAAUUACUGAAGUCUUUUGGAAAAUUACGGUAUGAUCCACCUGAGUAUGAAAUUGAAAAUGAAGAUUUUAAGAACAAUUUUGAAGAGGAACCAAAACCACCACCCUCUACAGAAACUAAUUUUGUAUCAAAAAAUGAUAAGAGCAAAAUUCCAUCAUUAUUGGAAAUGCAAAUACCUGUACCUCCUGAAUUAAAAAGCACUGAGAAAAACUCAGAUGAAGAUCAAGAGUCUAAUAAUAACAACAAUAACAGUAGUACACCAAUGCCAUCGCCUUCACGAGAGGAGCCUAUGGUUGAUGACACUUUUGAAGUUAAUGAAACUGAACAAGUACCUAAUAUACUUCAAAAUAAUCGUUCAAUAUAUAAACCUAGGAAAUAUCAAAAACACAAAGAUAGCAAAGAAAAACAAAAACAAGAAAAAGAAAUUAGGAAGAAACAAAGAGAAGAAAGACACGAAGAAAAAAGGAUAGAAAAAAACCGACAACGCAAAGAAGACUUGUCCAUGCAUACCAAUGAUCAUCCUUUAUUAGAUGAUCUAAGCGAUGAUGACGAAUUUAAUGAUCUUGUUAUUGAUGAAGAAAAGUUCCAAAAUGAUGUAAAAGAUCAAUUGUUACCAAAAAAACAGAAAGAGCUAUUAAAACGAAUUCAAGUCCAUCAAAAAUAUUAUAAUGAAACAGAUAUAAGUGACGAUCGUUAUAGUCAAGAGGAGCAAUAUUCAAGUGAUGUUUCAGAUAAUUCUACUCCCAUAAAUAAUGCAUUAAAUAAUUUUCAAAAUGAAGAAGAACAGUCUCCAACACAUUCUUCAUCUAGGUCAAACUCAUCAAAAGUUGAACAAGUUAAUCUUGAUAAAAUUACAAUAAGUGAUGAUAUGGCUAAACUCCUCAACACCAUAAAAGCAUGUGUUGAUAAAUCGACAACAGGAGAUCAACCUUCUCCAUUUCAUUUACCAGCAUUGGAACAGCCUUAUAACUUUGAAGAAACUAUUCAAGAAAAAAAAAGUAUUAUUGAAGAAUCUCCUGCUAGUCCUACUGCUAGUGAUAGUUGUGCUGUGGAAUUUGGAAAAUCAGAUGUAGAUCUAAGACAACUGCCAUUUCAAUUUCCCGUUGCAGCAGCUACAGAGAUAGAUGCAUCUCUUGAUAGUCAUCCGCCAAUGAAAUAUCAAAUGUCACCAACCCAAGUGUCUGUACCCGACUACUCUAAAAUUCCACCUACGAUGGGAAUUGACGAUCCACGACUUAGACGUAGUAUAACAGCAGCAAGGGAUCCAAUGUUUAUUCAAAAUGUCCCUACAACUGUUAGUGCAGUAACUGUUAGACCAGCAGUGGCACCUCAAAAAAGCGCUCCCCGAGAUCCUAGAAAACCACAACAAGAUAUUAACACCUGUGCAUCAGCUAUUCGGGCUCCACUUCUACCAACACCCAACCCAAUUCAACCACGCCCUAUGGAUAGUGAUAUGCGGCAUAUGCCCCCGCCUAUAAUGUGUCCACAAAUGAUGGCGGUACCAAAUGAUCCACGCAGGAAACCAAUGGUUCCUGGAGAUCCUAGGCAAAGGCAUCGUUUCGACGUGGACCAAAGAAUAAAUAAUAUAAAUUAUUUUUAAUUUGAUAAUAAUUUAAUAAUGGUUUAACUUUAUUCUUCUUAAAUUAUCUAAACUUGGACUUAUUGUUCAAAACAUUUUAAUAUAAUGUUGUAUAAUAUAAUGUACACUAAUAUAAUUACUUAUUAGUAAACAAUUUAAUAACAAUGACUGAUUUGUUUUUUGUAGUGGAAAUCUUAAUACUAUUGUUAUUAAGACUAUUGCAAGGAAAAUUAAGUAAAAUGUAAUAGAUGAUUAAGAUUUAAACU